GUCGACUGAGAUGCCAGAUCACAACGGAAACCCCACACACCCAUACACACAUCAUAAUGAGCUACUUAACCACAAUCACACCCACUUCCACGGCCAUGGCCUCGGCCUCGUCGUCAUCCUCGACGCCCGCCGCAUCGGCUCAGCGAACGGCCCCUAUCGAUCCCUGCAGACUAUUCAUCGGCAACCUCUCCCCCACGGUCGACGAAUACACCCUCAUCCAGGUAUUCAGCAAGUGCGGCAAGGUCGCCAAGAUGGACUACCUGUUUCACAAGACGGGGCCGUUGAAGGGGAAACCUAGGGGGUAUGCUUUCGUAGAGUAUACCAACAAGGAGGACGCACAAAAAGCCUUGACGAAACUGCACACGAGGCUCCUCCGGGGAAGGAACUUGGUCGUUACCCAAGCAUCUGCCUCCCCGGUGUACGACCAAUCUAAACCUUACCGCCGCCCUGGGGACAAUGCGAAUAGGAGCACGACGUUGAGCUUGUUGAAGAAACAGGGGAGACCGCAGUCGACAAACGCCCAGAUCGCAGCGCUCGAAGCCAAGAUCGCCUCGAUGCAAAACUCGCCCUUGUCCGCCCCCGCAUCUGCUCCUGGGUCCGCCUCGGGAUCCCCUGGUCCGGGUUCAAGUCAGGGGGAGGGAAUGGAGCUGGACAACACGGGGCAAGGAGGGGAAGGGUGGAAGAGCUUGUUGGAUGGGACCGAGCUCGAACAGGAUUACAUCCCGGUCGGAGAAGACGGUGAAGGUGUCGAAGGUGUAGGAGCGAGAGUCGGUAUGGAUGAGGACAGGAGCGGGACCCGGAAUAUCAUCAAGGACACGGGUAAAGGAAAAGCCAGAGAGAUCAACAUCGAUAACGACACCAGCAAGGGAAAAGGAAAAGUGCCGGAAAAGCUACACCCGUCUUUACCUGCCAAACCGGCCGCGCCCGUCGGACAGCAGCAAGGAUCGGGUCAGGGGCACGGUCCGCGGUCAGGUUCGGGUUUCGGGCAGGGUCAAGGGUUUGGGAUGAGCCAAGGACGAGGCCAGGGGCAGGGGCAUAUCGUUGGGGGAGGUAGUGGUGGGAGAAGAGGGAGGUCGUGAGCCUUGCGGGAAUGUGGGCAGAAUGCUGCAUAUCAAUGGUCAGGGGUUCGGGUUGUAUUGGUAUUCCACUUGACGGGAGCGUCGAUCUUCAUUCUUGACAUAUUAAUCCAAUACUUGAUGA